AUGCGUGAAAGCUAUGAAACUAUUUCUUGCUGCGGAGGAAGCUGUGGCUGUGGAUCUGGCUGCAAGUGCGGCAGCGGCUGCGGAGGAUGUGGGAUGUACCCAGACUUGGAGAAGUCCACUACUUUUACCAUCAUUCAGGGUGUUGCUCCCAUGAAGAGCUUUGAGGAAUUUGGAGAGAAAGCAGCAGAAGGAGGAAAUGGGUGCAAAUGUGGAUCAAACUGCACCUGUGACCCUUGCAAUUGUUAAGAUUAUUCUCUUGUGAUAUUCUCCACAAUAAUGUGUGUGUUUUCUGUAAUAAUACUACAGCUAGCCAUGGAACUGAUUGUCAGUUCUUAGGUUUGUGUGUUCUGAUCACUUUCCCUUUUUGUUUCUCUAUCUAAUAUAUUCCUGUACCGUAUUUUUCAUCUGUUAAUUUUCUUACUUCAAUAAUAUUAAAGUAUAAAGCGA